GUACAGGUCAUACCGAUCCCGACAGUGUUCCAGGUGUACCGUCACACACACACAUAUACACACAUUAUCACAGAACAAGUUUGCCGACCGAGUGUUCCAACUUUGUCUCAACAUAGUGUUAUACCGCGCAAACUUCACGAAUCACACGAAAAUGGCGUUCUUACAGUGCACAUUAGCCGCCCUCCUCCUGCACGUGGCCUGUGGAAGUUACCUGGCUCACCGCGCCGCUUACCACGGCGGCUAUGCCGCGCCGGCCGUGUCGUACGACUACCCGUCUUAUUCGGCUUACCCCGCUUACUCGGCGGCCAGCACUUACCACACCGACUACCCGAGCUACUCGAAACCAGUGGACUACUACUCGCCGCCCAAGUACUCUUUCAACUACGGCGUCAAAGACUACCACACCGGCGACGUUAAGGACCAAUGGGAAGAGAGAGACGGCGACGUUGUAAAGGGCGAAUACAGUCUGGUCGAACCGGACGGCACCACCCGCAAAGUGACGUACACCGCCGACGACCACAACGGUUUCAACGCGGUCGUCCACAAGUCCGGCCACGCUCACCACCCGGCCACGGUGCCCGCUCACCACUCACCCCUCUACCACGGUUACCGCCUUUUAACCAUAACAACUGUGCUGGUUUUCGUCGCUUUAACCGCUCUUGUGGCGCUGACUCUGGCCGAACACGACGCCACUUCGUACGCAGCCUAUCAUCCUAAGUUUCACAACACUCAUCACGACGGACACGACUACUAUGCCCCGCCGCAUUAUAAGUUCAAGUAUGGAGUCAAAGACCCGCACACCGGCGACGUUAAGCAUCAGGCCGAGGAACGCGAAGGCGACGUGGUCCACGGCGAGUACAGUCUGGUCGAACCGGACGGUCGUGUCCGGAAAGUGACUUACACGGCGGACAAGCACAACGGUUUCAACGCACACGUUCACCACGAACACCAUGCCGUCCACCCUCAUCACUACGGUCGCUACCAACAGGACUGAACAAACAACAUACUUAAACGCACUGUCUUGAUCUUGUAACGG